CUGGAAAACUUGGGUGAAGACAUGCAAGCUAAAAACGUGGAUGUCAAGGAGGUGAUGGAUGAAAAGCUGAGACAAAUGGAGCAGUCAUUUGGGCUGAAAGUGACAGGAAAUUCAAAUUCUGAAACCCCGAGUGCUAUCAAGACACCCAUGUGUGGGGUGCCUGAUGUGACCCCAUAUUCAAUUACUUAUAACAAUACUCAGUGGACCAAAACACAUCUGACUUACAGCAUUUUAAACUACACACCACAUUUGCCAAGAAAAGUUGUGGAAGAUGCCAUUGAGAGAGCCUUUAAAGUCUGGAGUGAUGUGACACCACUAACAUUCGAAAGGGUCUUUGAGGAGGAAGGAGAUAUUGUGCUCUCCUUCCACCAAGGAGACCAUGGUGACCUUUACUCAUUUAAUGGAUCUAAAUCCCACUUUGCCCACGCUUUUCCGCCAGGCCCAGGUUUGGGGGGCGAUGUUCAUUAUGAUCUGGAUGAGACGUGGACCAACAACAGUGACAAUUUCAACUUGUUCUACGUUACAGCUCAUGAACUGGGCCACUCCCUUGGACUCUCCCAUUCUAAGGAUGAAGAGGCACUAAUGUUCCCCAGUUACACAUGGAACAAUAAAGACUUUGUACUAAACCAGGACGAUAUUAGUAAAAUCCAGGCUUUAUAUGGGCCUUCCCCAAAUCCUAUCCAGCCAACAGAUGCCACACCAGAUCCAUGUAGUAGUGGUCUGACCUUUGAUGCUAUAACGACAUAUCGGGGGGAGGUGAUAUUCUUUAAAGACAGGUUCUACAUUCGUGUAAUUAGCUUCCUGCCAAAACCUUUGAUCAAUGUGAUAGAUCUUAUCUGGCCAGAUUUGCCAAGUAAAAUUGAUGCUGCUUAUGAAGCUAGUUUGGUAGAUGAGCUCCGCUUUUUCAAAGGCAAUAAAGUCUGGGCUGUUCAGGAACAGAAUGUACUGAGAGGAUUCCCCACAGACAUCCACAGCUUCUUUGGCUUCCCUAGCAGUGUGACACACAUUGACGCUGCCGUUUGUGAGGAAGAGACUGGAAAAACAUACUUCUUCGUUGACAACAUGUACUGGAGGUAUGAUGAAAAUACACGGUCCAUGGAUCCAGGUUACCCUAGAUUAAUAGCAGAAGACUUUCCUGGAAUUGAUGAUAAAGUUGAUGAUGUUUUCCAGAAAGAGGAUAAUUUCUAUUUCUUUCACCAAUCAACUCAACACAUUUUUAACCUCCAAACAAGAAAAAUUGUUGAUGCCCCUGAUUCUAGUUCCUGGUUCAACUGCUAAAACAUUGGCGACCCAUUACCAACUUAAUGAACAUACAUAUUCCAUAAUCUUAAAGAAGAUAUUUUUCUGAAGAUCCAAAUCUUGUUAUGUUAUAUACGUUCUAGGAGUGCUGACACACAGAGCUACUAAGUACAAAUUAAUUUUAUUUUGCAAAUUUCACAAUUUAUAGUACAAUAUUUUAUGAACUGAAACAGUUUAGUACCACAGUUAUUAGCCUAAGAAGGCCAUGUUCAUGGUGGAUGAGUCACUGAAGAAAGGCAUCUGUACACUGGAUGACUCUCCCUGUGGUCCUGGGCAUCUCCUUUUGAGACAGGAGGGUCAACAGAGGAGCUCUUCCCAAAGUAAAAGUGACUCUGAUCUCAGGAAUAGAUACGAAGAGGAAACACAUUGCUGCUUUGGUUUUGGGGUUUAAAACAAGAUCUUACAGUUCGGUAGACUCUGAUCUCUUCUACCUCUGAUUCCCACAUGCUCGGAUUUUGUAAUGAGUACUGUGCCCAGAUAAGAAGCAUUUCCUGUCCAAAAGUAUUUGACAUUUAAAUAAAGCCACUUUUGUCUCUAA